CGAAGAUGUCUGUCACCUUGCCUGCUUGGGAGAUAUGGGGCGCCAAGGGGCGCAUGACGUCAUAUGGAGGCCAGCACUUUUGCUUCGCAGCCGAGGACUCAUUGCUGUUUGCUGCUGGCAGUACCCUCUUCACACUCGACCUCGACAGCGGCGAAACCGAGCCUCUCAUCACUAACCCGCGCGGCAUUGCGGCCUUCGCCGGCAACCCCAGAAGGCGACUCGUGGCUUAUGCUGACCAGGGACCCGAGCCAGCCAUUCACGUGCUGCGUUCCACUGACAAGACCCUUCAGUUCCGCUUUGAAGGGGCGGCGGAGUUGGACCUCGCUGACUUGACCUUCUCGCGAUGCGGCACGCGGCUAUAUGCGGCAUCGCGGUCGACUCGGGUGCGGCUGACCAUCUACAGCAUGCAGACGGGGGGGCUGAUCCAGGGUGGGGAGCUGGAGCUGCCGCAGCGCAUCGACACCAUCUCGGUGGACCCCCUCAACAAGGACUCGCUUGCACUGGUGUCGUUCAACAAUGUCCGCAUCCUCACCAUCACGCCAUCAUUCGAGGCACACAUCCUCACACUGAGACCUCCAUCUCUGCCACUAGAGGAGCAGCCGGGCGGCGCCAAGGGCGGGGAGGACAGUACGGGCCACACCAACCCCUUCGGCCGGGUGGGCGGCACGUGCUGGACGGCUACGCACAAGCUGCUGGUGUGGACAAAGGCGGCUGUACUCGUGACUAUCGACGGCAACACAGGCGAGACACUCCACGCUUGCCGAGCCAAUCACUUCGACGCGUUCCACGGCCUCAUAGUCACCCGGUCCCACCUCCUCACCUGCCACUCUGGGCAAUGCCAGGAGCCCAAGCCAGCUCUUCUCUACCCGACAGAAGAGGACGAGAGCCCCCGAACUGUCGGUUCGAAGCGGAGCAACCAAGCCCCUGGUUUCUCGUCGAGCAUGUCGCAGGGGGGCAUGUCGCAUCGCAGCGGGAGCGGGCAGGAGGGACAGCAGCCAGAGUACCCCGACGGGCCGUCCAUCCAGUUCUGGAAGUAUCACGAGGAGGCUUUGGCCACUAGUGGGGUCAGCAUGGACGGCGUGACGAUAUCGGCGCUGUCAGCGAUGGACCCUGAGCAUGAGGAAGAGCAGAGGGGCGGCGCUGUGGACGGCGUCAGCACCAUCGCAAGCCCACAAAUCGGAGGGCCCAAGAUACUCCCCUCAGCCACAAGUAAGUCAAUCAAGAGGAGAGAGACACGGCGUAACGAAUCAUGCCGUAAUUCUUUGUUGCAUUCAUUCUGCUCAGCGAUGCAUCCUCUGUCUGGCGCAGCCCCCCCUCUCUAUUCUCUGCGCCGCAUCGGCUCCAUCAGGGCCACCAAUGCAUUCGGCAGCAACACUGCCAUGCUUAGCCAGGAGGAGGGAGCCGUUGAGCAGCCACAGGCCGCCGACGACAUCUCCGGCUCCUUCUUGCUGCCCACCGCUGUGCGUUUGGUGGGCUGCGACCCGCGCUACUCGCAUUGUCUCAUCCUCACAACUGACGGGACACUCUGGCGUGGCGACCUGGGCAUCCGGGGGGCGCAUGAAGGCGGGGGAUCGCCAAUGGUCAGUAGGGAGGGGCAGGGUAUCGUGAUGAUGGAUGCCAUCCAUGGAUGUGGGGAUGGUUGUAUGUGUGUUUGCAUUGCAUAGGGCCGUGGUGAGUCGAGAAUAGAGGACGAGGAGGACGAGGAGGAGGUGCGGUACGACGGCUACACACUGCGCAUCUGCUCGGUCGGGCAGAGACACUACGUGGUGGGAGGCGGCUUCCUCACCGGCACACACAGGGCGGUCACUGUCGACCAUGGAGGACAUGUCAGGUGCUGAUGAAUGGAUGGAUGGUGUCACCGCACGAAAAAAUACCCCUGAAUCCCUCUCCGGUGUCUGUGUGUUUUGUUCAGGUUAUGGGACGCACCUGUCCGCAACGGCUCCCAUCACAUCAGCGAAUGUGAGAGGAACAGUCAGCAGAGCCUUCAAUCUCACAUCCACCCUUUUCUCUGUCUCUGUCUCUCUCUCUGUCUCUGUCUCUGUGUAUCAGACCCACUGUGUCUAAGCCAGUUGAUUCUGCCGACUAUCCCCACGUGUGCCGUCCUCCGUCGGAAAGGUAGCUUCGCCUUCAUUGGCUCCUCCGGCGGUGUGCUGAGAUGGCUGGACCUCCGCGACCCGAUGGACCCACAUGUGGCAACGGAAAUCAAGUACGCUGCACAUCAUUGAGUAUAGUGACAUUUCUUAGUGAAUGUGGUAUCCUCUUUCAGAAUAAGCGAGGGUGAGAUAUGCCAGUUGUCCGAGUGCCCCUUCCCUCCUGCUCCAGCCACCGCGGCAGCCGACUCACCACCACCCCCUGAGGAGGCCACCGAGCCCCCCAGUCAGUGGGCGGUGCUGCUGGCCACCCACCACCUGGGCUUCAUCAUCACGCCACCGCCACGCAGCCCUCCCGCAUCCAAGAACGAGUCGAGCGGGGAGGACGACCAGGAGGAUGACGCAGAGGGGGGCGAUGCUGAGUCCGGGGAAGGAGGUGAGAAUGACGCCGAUGUGGAGCUGACGUUCCAGGGGAUGGUGGGUCUGCCGUGUGUGGGGGGCGAGCCGUCGGUGACGUGCGGGCCUGAGUGGGCUGUUGGGCCGGUGGGGGAGCGUGUGGUGUUACUUGGAGGAGUCAUGAACCGCAAGGAUGAGGGGCUGCAGGAGGGAUACCUGCUCACCGUGCAGGUACAUGGUGGGGGGGCGGGGACAACAGCGAUCGGCCGUUCUGCAUGCGUCUUGCCAUCCUCCAAUCAGGCUCCGGACUACCACUUCCUUCCCGCAGACAAUCUGCUAGACAGAAAGGUACCCCACACCGCCACAAAGACAUCCAAAAGGGGUGGGUGAGGCAAUGUGUCUCUGUGUCUCACUCCAGAGUGUGGAACUGAGGAGUGGCGGCCUGCCCUUCCAGCCCAUGUGUGUGUGCGUCAACAACGUCAACGCACCCGCACGAGAUUGCGUCGUGGGCCUGCAAUCGGGGGAUGUCAUCCUCUGCCAGCUCCCCGACCAACAGGCAAGAAAUACAUACACACGGACAUCUCAUUAAUCUCUUUUUUCCCUCUUCUCAUUGGUCCAGGGCGGACCGUCAGGUGCCUCCCCCUCUGUGUCCUACCAGUCCCUCUACCGCCACUCACACCCCGUCACCGCGCUGUGCAUCACUGCCGGGCCAGUCGACUCACGGCUUCUCUGCUCGGCGUGCAUGGGGGGCGAGAUCACCGUCUCCGCGUUCCCACUCAAAGGCGAUGUCAAUGCCUCCCAGUCGUCCACUCUGUCGGCUCCUCUGACGUUCUUCUCGUGUCUCUCGGGGGGCGUGGAGCUGCUCAGGCUGUCAGAUUCGGGCGCCCUGGGGCUUUGCUCUAGUGGUACGGAGGGCCUGGUGUGGUGGGGGUGCCCCCUGAGGGAAUACAAGCCGCCCGCCCAGGCAGACAGCAAUGAGCCGCCACAGGUCACCCUCGAUGUGCCGCCGGUAAGCGUGAGGGGGCGAGCGAACGCACCAUGCAUCUUUGCCAUCGUUGCCAUGUGUCUCGUUCGAUGUGCUGCGCUCGGUCGGUAGAAGUGCGGUUUGCCCGACUCUGAGGUGACUGUGUGGAGCCCUUUGCCGACCGAGGUGGUGCGCAGCCGCCUGCAGACUGCGGAUGAGCAGGCAGAGGCCGAGAAAGUCAGGAAGACGAUCAUCGGUGAGAUGGAGCUGCUCAGGAAGAAGCUCAGGACACUCAUCGACAACAACGAGGUCAGCUAGACCACACAGACGUAAAUCAUCUACCUCACUUCUCUCUGCUUGCGCAUCUGUACAGGGCAGUGCUGACCUGGAGCGUCUGCAUCGGCCGGUGUUUUGCGUCGACGAGGAGAAGGUGAACGCGCUGGAGAGUGCGGCCCAGGCGGAGUGCAAUACCGUCAAGGCGCAGAUCGAGUCUGAGAAUGCGGGCCGUCGUCUGCUGCGUCAGCGGCUGAUAGAGGAGUUCUGGGACACCAUGCAGGUGCCGGGGCAGGCCAUCGUCGGGUUCACGUCUGACCUCAUGGGUAAGCCAGACAUACAAACGAAUCGACACUGGCACUAUGCAAUGCUGGGCGUAUUUGUGUCUCAUCAGUCCACAACUUUCCGCUCCGUCGUCAGCAGCCGGCCGCAGAGGGACUCGAAAAGAAACUCAAAUUCCUCAGGUCAUGUCAGCCCAGUGCAUGUCUGUCUUGUGGUGCACCCCUUGUCUCCAUCUCCAUCUGUUGUGUUAUGCAUCCAUCCAUCAGACAUCUCGAGAAGAAGGAGGAGAAGUGGCUGUGUUCGCCCAUGGACACGGCACUGCCUCACCUCAAGGACCAGGACAUGCUCCUGGACCUGCACCUUGUCACGUCUCAUGAUGUCAGCCAGCUGCGGACGGCUGCAUACACACAGUCAAUGCAUCCAUCUGUGUCGCGUGCCCUGACUGACAGGAGAAGUAUUUGGUCAACUGGCGGCCUCGUGACCUGAUUGGCGCCCCCGAGGCGCAGGUGACCGAUGCCGCCAAGGGAGAGUCGUCGCCCUCAGCCAAGACAGCCGAAGGGGAGGAGGAAGCAGAAGCCGACAGCAGCCCUGGUGAGCAAUGACUGUUUGAUUGCACCACACCCCAACACCCCACACCCCACGUGUUUCUAUCUUUGCCUGGCAGUUGGUGCAUCUCGUGCCAUGUCGACCAAGAGUCUGGCCACGACCGUGGCUGGUGGGGAGGGCGGCAAGGGAGACGACGACAAGCAGGUCCAGGGGUUCCUCUACGCACCUUUCGAGCUGCUCACCGACACCAGGCGACGUCUGCAGUGCUACCUGCUGCAGACCAGGGCAAACGAGGUCCGGACAUACACACAAACAGAGAUUGGCGUCCUCCAUUGUGUGCUCCGUGUUGUACUGGUCAGCUUCGUCGCGCCUUCAACCAGGAGUUUGCGUCUCUCCUGCAGCACAAGCACACCGUCCUCGACCACAUCCACGAGCGCCUCGACAAGCUCCGCAAGAUCCUGCAGGAGCUCCAGACACCCACCCAAGACGCUGCCGCGACCGCUGACGACGCCCAGGCCACCCCCGCCCCUCCACCGGCCCCCCUGAUAGAGCUGCCGACCCCGCAGCCGUCGAAGGAGGAGAGUCCCGAGUCGGUGCUCAAGGUGGAGGACAGCGAGGUGCAGAUAGAGAAGUACGUGUCCAGGCAGGAGCAGGAGCGGCUCAGAAAGGAGAGGGAGGCGGCCGACGCGAAGCUCAAGGAGAUGCAGAAGGACGACAGCGGGGCGAGGGCGCUCGGCCAGAUGAUGGGCGGCGUGCUCAAGACCAAGAAGGACCUCACCAUACUCGAGAUUCGCAUCGAACGGUCGGUCGGUCGCGUGCCACACAACAGAUUGAGACACACAUCCACCAUUCAUUCGAUGGGUGUGUGUUUUUGUGAUGUGCUUGUGCAGUGAGGACUGGAUGGACACCGUGCCGUUUGACCAGAUGAGUGACGCGCAGAAGGCGGCGAUGAAGGAGUUCGAGCAGAAGGAGAAGGACCUCCUGGAGGAACAAGACAAAUACAGAAAACAACUCGACGUCGACCUCAAGAAAAUCAAGUCAACCAGCCAACCAGCCAACCAGCCAACCAACCAACCAGCCAAUACACACACUCGCCCCCUUACUCUCUCUCUGUGUGUCUGCAGGACCGAGGUGACGGACCUGAUGGUCCAGUUCGACUCCAAACUGAGAGAACUCCUGCACGCAAGGUACGUUGGCUUGGCUGGCAAAUAGACAGACACAUCAAGCGAGAGGCACAAGCCAAGUGGGUGUUUGUGAUGGAUGAUGCAUGUGCAGGCACCUGACAGAGCUGGAGAUCUGCAAGCAGGAGCUGUACGCCUGCCGGCUGUAUCUGUUCCUGCUGCAGCAGGAGCAGGACGCGCAGCUCACACACUCGCUCACCCAGCAGCUGCAGCACAAGACACACGACUACCACGCUGCCAAGAAAAGAGCCGAGGAGUUCCACGCACAAGUCAGCCAGCCACUGAGAAAACAGCGACACUCAGACAGCUGUGUCUCACACUCUCUCUGUGUCUCUGUGUGCCUGUGAUAGGUGGAGGUUGCUGAACAUGAGGCGUCUGAGCUGGUUCACGCGGAGAGGGAGCUGGGUGUGUCGUUCCGUCAGCACAUGUACCCAUUCGGCGUCGACGGCGAACAGAUGGCCGCACUCAUCAAACUAUUCAGACACAAGUCAGUCAGUCAGUCAGUCAGACAACUCAACCGACACAACAACAUCACAAGGCCGAAAGAUUCGUUGGUUGCCUCGUUCCCUCCCUCAGGGGUUUGCCUCCGUCCAAGGCCGAGCAGCAGGCGCCUCCCGCCGCAGGCGGGAUCAAACGGACGUUCAGCCGGGCGGGCUCACAGGGACAGUUCUCACAGGACGGCGCUGAGGGAGCCACACUCGACCCAUACAGUGAGCGACCGAGCGAAUGCGAACACACAUCACCAAUAGCAGGAAAUCUCUCUCUCUCUCUUUCUCUCUCUCUCUCUCUGUGUGUGUGUGUGUGUGUGUGUGGAGGCAGUUGAGACGGGUGAUGAUGUGGCUGCUGGUGGCCCCGCGCUGCGCAAGGCGCCGACCAUGGCGUCCAAGGGCCCUUCAGAGAAAUCCAAGACACAGCAGGAACAGGAAUUCCACCACCUCAUCUACCCCGACGUACCGACACACACAUACACAUACAUUCAUAGGAAAUGACACCGCCCCCGAGUGUGCGUGUCCCAUGCCACAGGACUGUCCGCAUGGUGUGAGUGAGGAGGCCUUCGACAAGAUGAACGAGCUCAGGGAGGAAAGGUAUCGGCUGGAGCAGCUUCUCAACCAGGCCCAUGCCAAGCUGGAACAGAUGAGGGCCUACGCACAACAUCUGCACGAGGUGCGCCAAAGACAGAUCUACUAUAUAGCUACUCCAACUCUCUAUGUCCCUCCCUCUCUGUGUGUGCCAGCGUGUGUCUGCAAGCCACAAAGACAUAUACGAGACGGAGACGCGGCUGCACGACCACAUGGAUUCCAUCCAAAACGAGCACUACGACCUGGAGCUGCUGCUGCAGCUGAAACAGGGACAAGUGGAGGUGCCGCAGGCGCCUGUCGUGACGGACUACAGCGACGCCAUUGUGGUGCCCAAACACACAGUCGAAGACAAGAACGCCAUGGUCCUCGAGCUCGGCAAAGAGAAAACCAACACACUCAACGCCAUCAAAGUCAGCUCACCCUCCACACAGGACAGCCAAACCCAUGUACUCACCGCCUGUCUCUCAGGACUUCCGGCGUCGGCUGAUAUUGCUGGAGUGGGAGCACCGGCUGCUAGCCCUGCAGGCGUCAGACUUCGAGGAGCGCACCAAGGACGUCCACAUGCUCAGAGUCACCAAAGACCUCCAGUCCGUCCUAGCACUCGCACUGAGGGGUCCAUCCGGCGGUGGCGGCAGUGGCGGGACCGGCGAGACCAUGGCGGUAGGAGACAGCCGGCAGGCGGCGGCAGCCGAGCUGCUGGAGAGGAAGAUGGAGCAUUUGGCGCAGUCACUCAAGGCCAAGACGCAAAACUUCAAGAGGCAAUUCCAAAGCGUCAGGGCGCAAAUCGCCACCAGGGUGAGGGAUGGAGUGGAGACACAAACACCCUUGUGCACCUAACCUCACCGCAUUGUCAGUCGUCCGAGAAUGCGCUCCUUGAAGAGAAGCUGCGGGACCUGCGGCAGGGGGUAUGCAGAACAACAAGCCGAUUGAUCGCUCGAGAGACACCCCUGCAUGUCUCUGUGUGCGUCUGCGCAGGUAAAGCAGCGUGAGCACAUCCGUCGCAUCAAGGCCACCACGUCUGCCCCGACCAAGCCCCAGGCGCCCCCCGCAGCAGCUGAGGGUGAGAAGCCGCAAGUCGGCGCCGGCAAGGCAGGGCGUGACGAGGGUGAGAUUCGGUUCAAGGAGGUGCAGCAGCGGACGCACCUUCUGGAGCUCGUGAAGAGACACACGAAGGAGAUUGAACUGCUCAGAAAGGAACUUGAUCGACUCAGGUGGGGUGGGUCAGCUUAAGGCAAACCCCCUCCCUCCCUACCGUCUCGCUCUCUUGUGCGCUGCGCUUCUGUGUGGUGAAUGAAAUUUGCAGGCAGAGGACGUUCCCGACGUUUGUGCAUCUGUACCAGUCUCACCCUGCGAACCCUGAUGCGUCAUCAGGCAUGGCUUAAGGUGCUGGUCAGUCAAUUCAGGUAUGUUGGUGCUCUUUGCUGGCAGAGCAGGUCGAUUACAACUAACU